AGCAGCGUCGCCCGUAAGCUGAAAAGCUGGCCAGCACAAUGGGAAAAAAGCAGAACAAGAAGAAAGUGGAGGAAGUCCUAGAGGAAGAGGAGGAGGAGUAUGUGGUGGAGAAGGUCCUGGACCGGCGAGUGGUCAAGGGCAAAGUGGAGUAUCUGCUGAAGUGGAAAGGCUUCUCCGAUGAAGAUAACACGUGGGAGCCAGAAGAGAACCUCGACUGCCCAGACCUCAUUGCAGAGUUCCUUCAGUCCCAGAAAACUGCACACGAGACCGAGAAGUCUGAGGGAAGCAAACGCAAAGCGGAGUCUGACACGGAGGAUAAAGGGGAGGAGAGCAAACCAAAGAAGAAGAAGGAGGAGUCGGAGAAACCGCGAGGCUUUGCCCGGGGCUUUGAGCCGGAGCGCAUCAUCGGUGCCACGGAUUCCAGCGGGGAGCUCAUGUUCCUGAUGAAGUGGAAGAACUCUGACGAGGCCGACCUGGUGCCCGCCAAGGAAGCCAACAUCAAGUGCCCCCAGGUGGUCAUCUCAUUCUACGAGGAGAGGUUGACAUGGCAUUCCUACCCCUCAGAGGAUGACGACAAGAAGGAGGACAAGAACUAGCCCCGGCGCCGCGCCGGCAGCCUUGGUGUGAAGAUCCGAGCUGUGGGUUUGAGCGGGAGGGAGGGAGCGCGGCGCCGCUCGCCCAGCGCCCCGGAGGUGCCCUUUGAAGAGACCAGUAUGGCUUCUGCGCCCGCCGGCGCCCGGCGCGGCUUCACGCCGCGCGCGUUGAAACCA